CACUUGCAUGUAAUUCUAAAUUAUAAACCAGUAUACAAUGCCUCUAGCUAUAAAGUACGGUGUUGGGGGUAUAUCAGAUCCGACAUGGACUGAAAUCAUACAGGAUGAAGAACAAAAACCAGAUUUUAAGAAACUCAUUCAGUUUCUUUCAACAGAAUACGUAAAUCAUCCAGAAGGCAUAAAUCCACCAUGGGAUCGUGUAUUCCGCCCAUUUGAAAUAACGAUCUUCGAUAAUAUAAAAGUUGUUAUUGUUGGUCAGGAUCCAUAUCCAAGAUUUGGGCAAGGAGAUGGUUUUGGAUUCUCUUUAAAUCCAAAUGAGGAUAUAACUACGAGCAUAGAUGUUAUUUAUUCGGCUUUGGAGGAAGAUGAUGUUGAAUUUAUCCGUCCCAACCAUGGAUGCUUAAGACCUUGGGCUUUGCAGGGAGUAUUAUUACUUGACGCGGUUCUAACAUACCGGAAAAAUGAAAAUAAUACAGGAGGCAGCUUUCCAAAUCAACGUAAAAAUCUACAUUUUGGAAAAGGAUGGGAAACUUUCGUAGGAAGUAUAUUAAAAAAGUUGAGUAAAGAGCAUACUAAUUUAGUUUUUCUACUAUGGGGAACUGACGCUGCGGACGUGGGACGGAGUAUUGAAAAUGAACAGGAUCAGCACAAAAUCUUGUCUGCUAUUCAUCCAAUUGCUCAUACGUACUCGGAUUCAAAUUAUACGCACUGGAAUUAUGAGAAGUGUUUCUCAGAAACUAAUAAUUAUCUUCGUUCUCACGGCAAGGGUGAAAUUAACUGGCAACUUCCGCUAACAUGCGAAGAUCUAUGAUUAUUUUUCCUUCAAUUAAUCUAUAUACAAAACGAGUAUAUCUAACAAAAACUUGACUUAUGCUAGCAUUCAACAAAAAAUCUACAUACGAAAUAUAAUCCUAAUAUAAUAAUCAUUGUAUUGGUAUAAAUUAAA